AAAAAUAAGCCUGAUGUGAUCUCGGAGUUCUCUAAUAGAAUUCCCUAGUUAUUAGAAAAACCUUGUUUAUAAUCAAAUCGCUAGUGGAUUUGCCCUCUUGAAGCUGGAAUCUUUUUGUUUUAUAUCAGCUGCAAUCUUUUUGCAAUCAUCGAUAUGGGUAGUAGAAAAGAGAGCUUGAAAAAGUCCUUAGGAAUUACAGAAUACCCUUGGAGCUCCGAUGAGGAAGAAAACAGUAGUAAUCUUAUGAGGAGACCAUCCACAGAACCUAGAACCAGUAUAGCUGACACACCUGGGACUAGUGGGGUAACAACACAAAACCCAUUCGUUCCGGUGCCGCCACGUCGCAACGUUGUUGGUGGCAUGAAUGGACCAGAAAAUAAUUGGUUCUGGUCUAAUAAUAGGAAUAACCAUCACGAGAGUCUCAUUAAUGGCUCCAGUCGUCCCAGGUUAUGCGUUCAAGAGGGAUCGAUGCCUCUCCCGUAUCUGCGUCCGGCCAAUCACGUUCCCGCAGCCGAGCUCCACGAGAGGAACACCGAGGCUGCGAUGACCGCCAACGCGGACAUUCAACGGAUAAUCGCCUUCAAGAAAUUCGCCAGGAACUACAAUAAUGUUCGUGACAGACGCAGAGUCAACACGCUGUACGCUAUUUCGUCACGAGUUGCAGGUAAUUUGGGAUCGGAUCGAAUACCGUUUUUCCCGAUGCCGUCAACAUCGGACGCCUCCAACGCUACGUGUGAUCAGAGAGCAAUGAAAAUGAAUAACCCGAGACAGAACCACAUGCGUCAAUACCGCCCCUUAUAUUGUAGAGUGGGGGAUCCGUCGACGUCGAGCCUGGCGCUGGAGGACGGUCCGCCGGACAUCGGCUGCGUGUCGCAGAUCCGGCUGAUGCGGUCCAACACCGCCGUGGACCUGAGCAACACCGCGCCCGCCAACGCCACCGCCGAGCUCAACGUCGACAUCGGCCGCUCGGACGACGAAGCGGAAGCGGAGUCCGAGCCCACCCUGAUGCUCGUCAACAACGAUCAGAACGAUGGACAAGAACAAAGUGCUGAACCGAGUACGUCACACGAUCCGACGCCCGGUGGGGCCAUGGAGGAAGAGAUCGUGGAACUGGACGCGCCCGACGACGACACCAACGAGGAAGGCGAGAACAAUGUUGCCAAUGACGUGGUCAUGACAAACGCGGCUACUGCCAGUAAUGAAGAUGAUACUCCAGAGUCUCCCGAAGCUGAGGCCGAAGGAUCAGCCCCGGAGCCGCAACCGCACGGAGUGAAGAGGAAGAAGAGUGGUAACGAUGAAGCCGGAUUCUUCUCUGUUAAAGAUUUUAACCAGGGUCUGCUGCGGCUGCUGGAGUGCCCGGUGUGCCUGGAGUGGAUGGAGCCGCCCAUCGCGCAGUGCCGGCGCGGGCACCUGGUGUGCGUGCGCUGCCGCUCGCGACUCAACGCGUGCCCCGUGUGCCGCACCGUGUUCUCCAGCGUGCGGAACCGAGCCAUGGAAGGGGUGGCGGAGAUGCUGCGGUACCCGUGCCGGCACGGGUGCGGGCGCGAGGUGCGGCUCCGGCGGCGCGCGCCGCACGAGGCCAGCUGCGCCGCGCGGCGCUACCACUGCCCCGCGCCCGCGUGCCGGGACGCGCCCGCACUGCCGCACGCGCACCUCGCGCACCACUUCCAGAGUAAGCACAUGUCGAUGCUGAAGAUGGGUCGCAAGCAUCAGUUCUCGAUCAAAGUGAACGUGGAACAGCACGAGGACUGCGUCAUCAUGGCGCUGGACCAGCUGUUUCAUCUGAAGGUCGACGUUGACAUCCGCACGUGGGGCAUCAUCAUCUACGUCGCAUUCAUCGGACCUAAGUCGAAAGCCAGCAAUUAUACUUACGAGGUGGUUGUGAACGGGCAGCACAACUCGAGGAAGCUAGUGUACACGAGGGUGACCCACAGCGACUUGGAGAGCUCGUCCGUGAACGUGAGCCGCCAGGACUGCUUCCACCUGACCCUCGACCAGGCCCUCAACUUCCUCAGGGUCAAGAACAAGCAGUGCGAGCCGGAUAAAUACUUGGAGUUCAAUUUGGAGAUCGCUCAGUGCGACGAGAUAGAGGCGAAUGAUUCUGAAUCCUGAUCGCGGUUUCUCUCUAGUCUGAUCAAGAAGCGGCUCGCGAAGGCCAUGAGGCUCGCCAAGCGGCCGCUCAUGAACAGGAGCUGGAGCUUGAUGAUCAGGGACGUGUUGGACAAUAAGUAGAAGGCUCCAUACUACAAGCCGCCUUGAUAAAAAAUGAUUUUUUUUCAUACUUAUGCUGAUAACCUUGAGAGGCUAUUUCAGGUUAGAUACUAUAACCCAACGGUUACAAGAGUGAACAAACAGUCUGUGUUGACUAAGGGAAUUUCGUGUAACUUUUACCGAUCAAUCAUUUUGAACUAUUUAACGGCUCGGGGCUGUUUAUAUAAUACUUGUCUAGUGUUAAACAUCACAUAAUGUAGUGUACUUUAAAUAUUAAAUUAAAUGCAUUUAUUAUACAAAAUAUAGUCGUUUAAAUUAUAUUAAAUACGGUAAUUACGAAUUUUUUAUCACUAAGCUGUAAGUACUAAUAUCUCGUAGAUUUUAUUUUGUGGUGUAAUAAUAAUUAUGUAUUGUAAUCUAAUAAUUUUGUAUUGGGCAGCGACUUGGAUGUGUUAACUAAGCUCGUCUGCUUACAGUGGAAAUAAAAAAAUUAUAUGUAUUUUGCUCCUGCAUGACGACACCUCUGUCAAUUAACCUACAAAAUAACCAGAUAAAUCAUGUUACAAUGAAUUGUGAAUUUUUUUUACGAUUUCGGAUUGCUUUUGUCUCCUGUAGCUCUGCUAAGAUUUUAAAUUAAUAUUCUUGUUUCAUAGUUUAUUGUAUUAGUAUGAAGUCGUGCACAGUUAUUAGUUGUAGUUCUGUCUCGUCUGCCAGCAACAAGAAGCCAACUAGUUUUAUCGAAAAUUCGAUUGUCAAUCAUAAACAACUUCUUCGUGGGCACUAAAGAAGUGACGCGAAAUAUUUAAUAACAAAAACUGUUACAUACUUAGUAAUUUACUUAAAACGUUGUGCCGAUAAUAACGACUUACUUAUAGAGUAACAUGCAAGUUUCAUUGUUUUGAAUAAAUAAUAUACCAUGUUAUUUGGAAUUUCCAAAUAUAAAAAAUUGAAAAUAUGACACAAUAUUAUGAAUUGAGUUUGUACAGAAAUUUUUUUUUCAAUUUCAUACAUCUAAGUAACGGGCACUGGUCUCACGAAAUAUAUUUCGUUAAUGCUCUUGAUAUCAGUUUUGUUUAACCAAAAAAAUUAGCUCGGAGAAUGGAUUUUUUUUUUCGAAUAAAAUUGUAAUGUGAGAUUUUUCCAAAAUAUAAUUCGAUUGUAUUUCGGACUAACCUCCUUACUAAUAAACUAAAAAAAUGUUGCCAUAUUUUACGUAAGAGUAAUAGUAUUUCUUUAAGUUUUGAAUGUACAGCGACAAAUAUGUACACGAAAUAUUAGAAGAAUUGGAAAUGUCAGUUGUUUUAUUUGUGCAAAUUGUGGAAUUUGUAAAUAUAAUAAGUGAAACAUAAAUUUAACCGUGAUAAACAUUUUAUAUGGCUCUUUACAAAUCUUAACAUUCGGAUAGUCUAUUUUAGUUCACUAAACCUUUUAAAUGUCUUUAUACUAACCCAUUUCAGGUUUUGUAUAAACAAAUUUAGUAUAAGCUAUAUUUGUACAUGCAAAAAAAUUUCAAAUGUAGAAAAUCAAAAUAAUUACAUUUAAUCCAUAAUUAAUGAUUUAUUGUAGUCUGUGAAUAGUGUCCUCUCUACCACAUGUAGUCUAUCUACAGAACAUGUUUGCUGGUAAAUUCACAUGUAUAUGCUCAAGUCAGAGCCUACACAUGUUCGUGCCGUCACCCUGCCUGUUUUGGUUAAGCAGACAUUUUCUCAAAGGGAAGAUACUAAUUUGACCGAUACCUUCACCUUAUACCUCGAUGUAGAGAAAGCUAAUAUUACAUUCUCCUAAAAAUUAUAAAUAAUACUAUUACCGAUCUGAAUUUCUGGAAUGAAAUUUUAAAUUAUGAUAAUAUUAUAUAUAGAACUCGUCUACUAUGUUGUAAGGAUCGUCUUGAUAGCUUUUGGGAAAAUUAUAAAGCUAUUUACAGUAUAUAGAACGGCAUCAAUAUUGUGAUAUUCUUUACAUUUUUAAGUAAAUUAAGUGUAUAAAAUGAUUAAAAAUGAA